AUGGCCAGUUCGCACGACAUCGAGCUGUUCCGCACGGCGGUGUCGAUUCUGACGAUCCCACGAGACCAGUUCUGGGUGUUUAAGAGCGGGAUAUUGGAGAUACUGUACAAGCUGGUGGACAAGGUGGAGGGCCAUGACGAGAGUGACUCAGAAAGCGAGGACGAGAAACAGCUGGUCAACUCGGUGCACUCGCUGAGCAUCCAGCGGAACAAGGUUGGUGAGCAGGACUCGCUCGAUUCGCAGGACGACGGCCUGUUCUUCCAUCUGGCGUUCACCCCGGAGGAGGUGACGUUUAUGAGCAGCAGCGCUUUGAUCCGAAAGUACCUGGCGAAACCGCUUGCGCUGAGCAAACAACUCCAGAUGGGCGCCACGCUGCUGGACGAGGACUUUCUCGUGCUGCAGGUGCUGAGCGACGGCUCUGUGAUCGGCAAAAAGAUCCUCGAGCUGACUGCUCCGCUUUCCGAGCGAAAGAUCCCGAUUUUCUUCAUUUCCAACUACCUCAGCGACAUCGUGCUGAUUCCUGCGCGCCACCGCGACGACGCCGUCGACAUCCUGGAAAACGGGGUGUCCAGUGACACCUCCAGUCUGGAGAAAGAGACGUUCAACCUGUUUAGAUCGAGCUCGAUCAAGCCGGUGCUCAACACCGCAGUCAAGCUGCUCGUGACCGGCGCGCGGCCGGGCGACUUGUCUGUGGUGCUCCGGCGCACGGCAGAGGCGCUCGCCAAACACUGCACGGAGCAGACCGACUCCAAAGGCUCGUUUCUGCCGUACUUUGCGCUCACAAGAACACCAACAGAGGACGUGGGGCUGCUGCUACCGUCUUCCGAGUCCGAACUUGCUAAACUCAACUACCCGAAAGCCGCGAUCCUGGGCUCGCUACAGGACUUCUUCUUCCCGCUGUUCAUCAACCUCAAGAGCCUGCCACUGGACCUGAAAGGUAUAGUGGCCGGAGUGGCUUCGAAGCUGCUCAAGCUGGGACUGGACGAGAUGAGCUACUUGAGUCUGGGCCGGUCGGCGGUGGUGCUUGUGCCGGAUAACUUCCAGGACACGGUGCAGCACAUGCUGGAGGAGGUUAACUGA